CCACACGUCACUGUCGAGCGAGCGGCUGUUAUCCGGGGACAUCUCUCUCUCCCCGCUGCUGUGUGUGUGUUUCUCCUUAGUCUAGCGCUGUCUCCUUUUUAGCGGAUUGGCACAACAGGGUAGGAUUACUAGAAGGAAUACAAAAACAUAAGCAAAAAUGGCAGAGCUUGGAGUGGGGAGCCUGCUAACAACAGGAGAUCCUGCUUUUAAUUAUCAAGAGCAUGAGCUAAGCGAGCGUUUGAAGCGACUGUACCCGGCCGUGAAUGAGGAAGAGACCCCCUUACCCCGAUCUUGGAGCCCCAAGGAUAAGUACAGCUACAUCGGGCUCUCACAGAAUAAUCUGCGGGUGCAUUACAAAGGCCACGGAAAAAACCACAAGGAUGCAGCUUCUGUUCGGGCCACCCAUCCCAUCCCUGCUGCUUGUGGCAUCUACUACUUUGAGGUGAAGAUCGUAAGCAAAGGAAGAGAUGGGUACAUGGGAAUUGGACUGUCUGCCCAGGGGGUAAACAUGAACAGACUGCCUGGUUGGGACAAGCACUCCUAUGGUUAUCAUGGGGACGACGGACACUCCUUUUGUUCCUCAGGGACUGGUCAACCUUAUGGCCCGACCUUCACAACGGGUGACGUCAUUGGCUGCUGCGUGAACCUCAUCAAUAACACAUGCUUUUACACCAAGAACGGGCACAGUUUAGGUGUGGCUUUCACAGAUCUGCCACCUAACCUGUACCCCACAGUAGGGCUGCAAACUCCAGGGGAGAUAGUAGAUGCUAAUUUUGGCCAACAGCCUUUUGUGUUUGACAUUGAGGACUACAUGAGCGAAUGGAGGGCCAAGAUCCACAGCAUGAUCGCCCGCUUCCCCAUCGGAGAAAGACUGGGAGACUGGCAGGCGGUUCUGCAGAAUAUGGUGUCCAGCUACCUGGUGCAUCAUGGGUAUUGUGCCACAGCAAUGGCCUUUGCCAGAACCACAGAGACCAUGAUCCAAGAGGACCAAACCUCAAUAAAAAACAGACAGAGAAUACAGAAACUGGUAUUGGCAGGACGUGUUGGAGAAGCCAUUGACGCAACACAGCAGUUGUACCCCGGACUCCUAGAACACAACCCCAAUUUACUCUUCAUGUUGAAGUGUCGGCAGUUUGUAGAGAUGGUGAAUGGUACGGAUAGUGAGGUACGGUGCUUUAGUGUCCGCUCUCCUAAAUCACAGGACAGCUAUCCCGGCUCCCCCAACAUGAGCCCCCGGCACGGAGCCACCAACGCUCACUUGCACAGCACAGGAGCAGACAGUCCCACAUGCAGUAACGGGGUCACCCCUCCUAACAAAAAUAAGAGCCACAACAAAUACACAGGCGUAAGCUCCGCCUCCUCUUCUCCAUCCUCUUCUCCCUCCUCCGUCAAUUACUCCGAGUCCAACUCUACCGACUCCACCAAGUCCCAGCCACACAGUGCCACCAGCAACCAGGAGACUAGUGAUAGUGAGAUGGAGAUUGAGGCAGAACAUUACAGCAAUGGCGUGACAGAAAGCUCAACUCGCAUUAUGAAUGGCACGUACAAACACCAGGAAAUCCUACAGGCGGAUGACAGCAGUGUUGGCAAUGGAGUAGCAGAUGACAGCUGCAGCUCCAGACAGCUGUGUGGAGGAAACCAGGCGGCCACAGAGAGAAUGAUCCAGUUCGGCAGAGAGCUUCAGGCCCUCAGCGAGCAGCUCUGCCGACAGUACGGCAAGAACGCCACUCACAAAAAGAUGCUGCAGGAUGCAUUCAGUCUUCUGGCGUACUCGGACCCCUGGAACUGCCCCGUGGGCCAGCAGUUGGACCCCAUGCAAAGAGAGGCGAUCUGCUCCGCUCUCAACAGCGCUAUUCUGGAGUCUCAGAAUCUGCCCAAACAGCCUCCUCUCAUGCUGGCUCUGGGUCAGGCCACCGAGUGCGUGCAGCUGAUGGCCAGGGUUCGCUCUGGUUCCUGCUCCUUCGCCAGAGUCGACAACUUUUUGCACUAGCACUAGUCCAGGUGAGAGCACCAAGGCAAUGUUCAGGACGGCUACAAAUAGGACUUUCCAGUCGUUUGCCAUGACGAGAACAUGCGUUUGAAUUGGUGUGUCGCUUGCCGUUUGCCAGAAGCAGCCGAGCAGAAUGAAUAGAAACAUGAGAAGAGAGGCUUCUUUUUAAAUUAGUAUUAUCAAAUACAAAUUGUGUGACACUAUUUAAAGAUAAUUAAUUAUUCUGUUUAUCUAGUCAUUUUUAUUUGAGUUUAUAUUUUGUCCGUUUGUUGUGCUCAUUUUGAAACAAAUCAACUUCCCAAACUUUUUUUUUUUUUUUUUUCAUGGGUGAAUUCAGUGCAUAGUAUUUCAAGCGUACCAUAUCAACAAUAUACAUAAUGGUAAGUUCCUACUGAAAAUUUGAGCUACGCACUCUGGUUUUUCUCAGUCAGAGCUCAGGUAUUUAGACAAAUGUUCUUUUAUUUGCGGAAACAGGUGUCGCUUCACCAGACCAUACUGUGGAUUUUAAAGCAGGUCCUUUUCUAUGUACAAGCAAAUUCUAUAGAUUAUUUUUAUUAUUAUUUGGUCAACCUAAGCUGCCCCUUUAGGAAUUAGAAGAACGUCGAUGUUGUGCGUACAGAAGUUUGGCGACCUUCCGAUGUUUUCAUUGGAGUAAGUGUGCGAACGAGGGUGAGAUAAUGCAUGGCUCAUAUAGUGUCUCACCUUUUAAGCUACUUUAGCAUCUCAGGCACCAGCACAAGUUUCAUUAGACACAAUCACACAGUGACGACGCAGACUUGCCUUUGGGUCCAAUGUAGAUGAAUUAUAUUUUCAAUCAUAGACCUUUGCCCUAAAUGGAUCUAUUUUACCGACAUUUUACCAUCUUUAUAGCCGUGGGUAUCAUGCAAAUGUCAACCUUCACUUUUUUAAGUUGGGUAUAUU